GGUUGGUGUCGAUGACGAUGACCAGCAGGCUCAGCUCAUCGUCUGCAACAGACACAGCGCCGUGGCUCGCGGCUCCCCGGGCAGGGCCGGCUCCGAGGGGCCGGAGCCGGGCCCCCUGAGGGCCGCCCUCAGCUCCCCCCUGCCCGGGGCCCGCUCCCUCCCGCCCGCCGCCACCACCUCACCCGCGCUCAUGCCGCCGCCGCGAGGUGCCGGCCGCUCCCGGCGCUUGCAAAUGACGCCAGGGCCCGGCGUGACGUCACGCCGAGGGGCUCUGCGUCAUGCCCACGGCUCCGGCGAGGCGGCCGGCAGCGGAGCGGAGCGGGACGGGGCGGCUGCGGCCAUGAGCACGGACGACCUGAUCGAGGCGUUCAGGGCGCAGCUGAGGGACGACCCCGACGUGGCCUCGGCGGUGGCCGCCAUCCGAGCGCUGCUCGGCUUCCUCAAGCGGGACCGAGGUGAGACCAUCCAGGGCCUGAGGAGCAGCCUGCUGGACGCCAUCGAGACCCUGUCCCGCGUGGACUCCUCGGUGGCCGUGUCCUCCGGCGGGGAGCUCUUCCUGCGCUUCAUCAGCCUCACCUCGCUGGAGUACUCGGAUUACUCCAAAUGCAAAGAAAUCAUGAUCGAGCGCGGGGAGAUUUUCCUGAGGAAAGUCUCGCUCUCAAGGAACAAAAUCGCCAAGCUCUGUCAUCCUUUCAUCAGAGAUGGUGCUCGAAUAUUGACACAUGCCUACUCAAGAGUGGUCCUCAGAGUGUUAGAAGCAGCUGUUGAGUCAAAGAAGCGAUUCAGCGUUUAUGUUACUGAAUCACAGCCAGACCAAGCAGGGCAAAAAAUGGCAAAAGCCCUGAGGAAGCUGGACAUUCCUGUGACUGUGAUUCUGGAUGCUGCAGUUGGCUACAUUAUGGAGAAAGUGGACCUGGUCUUAGUUGGUGCUGAAGGUGUAGUUGAAAGUGGAGGCAUUAUUAACAAGAUCGGCACAAAUCAAAUUGCUGUGUGCGCCAAAGCUCAGAAUAAACCAUUUUAUGUGGUAGCAGAAAGUUUCAAGUUUGUAAGGCUUUUCCCUCUAAAUCAGCAGGAUGUCCCAGAUAAGUUUAAGUACAAAGCAGACACUCUGAAAACAGGUCAGAAUCUAACAGAGGAACAUCCCUGGAUUGACUACACAUCACCAUCACUAAUCACAUUACUGUUUACAGACCUUGGUGUGUUAACUCCGUCAGCUGUCAGUGAUGAACUUAUUAAACUCUAUCUGUAACAGAAAGGACACUGUGUACAGAAUGUGUCAUCUUCAAUGACUAUCACAGUUGUAAGAAAUCGGAAGAUGAUAUAAGUUAUAUGGAUGUGGUAAGAAGACAACAUUAUAAGGAUUAAAGUAAUUAUGAGCCUUCUUGAAUUUAAGGCAAAGCAGUACCAGUGGAUGGACCACUGAUAAAAAAAAAAAUCCAAGUCGCUACAGCUUCUGAAGACCUGAAAUAAAUUGUUUUAAAGAUGGGUGGAGUAUUUUGAUACUGUAAAAUAAAAUACCUUAUGGUGCAUUCAGACUCA